AUGUCUACGACUGUCGAAAAGCCCAGCGAGCCCAAAGCUUCGCUCGAGAAAGGCUCAACCGAUUCCCACCUCGAGCAAGUCAAAUCUAACUCUGACCACGAGUUUGACUUUGGUGGAGAGUCAAAACUACCACCACCUCCGCAGCUUACACCAGAGGAGGAGCGUAGAAUAUGGCGCAAGGUCGAUCUGCGUCUUAUGCCGAUCCUGAGCAUCUUGUACUUGUUUUCGUUUAUGGAUCGCGGCAAUAUCGGAAACGCCAAGUUGGACGGAUUGGUGACACAACUACACCUUACUGGAGACAAGUACAACAUUGCAUUAACGAUGUAUUUCAUUCCUUAUUGCAUUUUUGAAUGCCCGGCAAAUCUCGUCCUCAAGAAAUUCCGUCCCUCUAAGUGGCUCCCUGGCAUCACUCUUCUGUGGGGGACCGUUAUGACACUUAUGGGUCUCGUAAAAACGUACCCCCAACUUGUUGGAGUCCGGGUUUGUCUAGGUAUAGCGGAAGCUGGACUUUUCCCUGGUGUCGUUUACUAUCUUUCCCUCUGGUACCCCCGCCACAUGCUUCAAUUACGCAUCGGGUAUUUCUUCGGUGCCGCUUCCAUGGCUGGCGCGUUCAGUGGACUUCUUGCAUAUGGUAUCAACUUCAUGAACGGAAUACAAGGUCUUGAAGGUUGGAGCUGGAUCUUUAUCUUGGUUAUUCUUGCUUUUUCCGUCACGCUUUAUGUCUCAACCGAACUACAGGAAGGUAUCGCAACUGUAGCGGUUGGGAUCGUUGCCUUUUUCAUUCUCGUUGAUUUUCCCGCCACGGCUGGAUUCCUAACACCUGAAGAGCGAUCUUACCUCGUUUGGCGGAAGAAGUACGACAACUCUUCUGUUGGCGAGGAAGAGCAUUUCGAGUGGCGACACUUGUGGCAGGCAGUGUCCGACUGGCAGGUUUGGUUGCACAUCCUCAUCUACAUGUCCAUUAUUGGACCACUUUACGGAAUCACACUGUUCUUGCCAACUAUCAUCAGCACUUUUGGUCAUAGCAUCCCAGUUUCUCAGUUGCUCACUGUCCCACCAUAUGUAGUGAGUCCUUGGCUGCCCUGCUGUUUCAAGCCUCCAAUACAACAUUGCUCAGCGAUUACUCUUUACGUUUUUGCUGUGUGGUCGGACCGUAUCAAAAAGCGAUGGCCUUUCAUCUACGCUGGUCUUAUCAUGCUGCUCAUUGGAUUUGCAAUCAACAUCUCUCAAGCACCACCAGGCGCAAAAUACUUUGGCGUGUUUUUCUGUGUGGCUGGAAGUUAUGCAGCUUUCCCUGGAGUCGUUGCUUGGCUGGGAAACAAUCUGAGUGGUCAAUAUAAACGCGGAGUUGGUAUGGCUCUCCACAUCGGAAUCGGUAACUUCAGCGGUGCGAUUGCAAGCAACAUCUAUCGCGCGAAAGAUUCUCCCCGGUUCCUUGUCGGACACGGCUGUGAAUUGAUGUUCGUCGGUAUCGGGCUCAUUUGCGUGCCUAUCGCUGUGCUCUCAUACAAGCGGAUCAACCGCGCGAGGGACGAGCAGGCAAAGCAAACUGAGGGGGCGCGGGUCUAUACGAAGAAGGAGUUGAGAGAACUUGGAGAUCGCGCGCCAGACUUCCGAUACACGCUUUAG